AAAUGCCUUUUGUGCUGAUGGAGAUGAAUUUAGUGGCUAGUUGCAAGGGAAAGUUGGCAUAUUUUAGAAUUAAAGAGCUCAAGGAUAUUUUAUCCCUGUUGGGUCUUUCAAAGCAAGGGAAGAAGCAGGAUUUAAUGGACAGAGUUUUGGGCUUGCUCUCAGAUGAUGAAAUUUGCUCCACUCGCAGCUUUGUAAGGAAACAGCAGAUUGGAAAGGAAGCUGUAGUGAAAAUAAUUGAUGAUGCUUACAGAAAAAUGCAGAUUACAGAUGCAUCAGAUUUAGCAGUGAGGGCUCCAAGUGGCUUAGAUACUAUGAGUGUUAAAGAAGAAGUUGAAGAUUUCAUUAGUCCAGAGAAGAGGAUUCGUUGUCCUUGUGGAAGUUCACUGCCAACCGAGUUCAUGAUACAGUGUAUAGAUUCAAAAUGUCAAGUGCAACAACAUAUUAGUUGCGUCAUUUUUCUGGAGAACCCUGUGGAGAGUGACCAUCCAAUUCCACCUGUAUUUUACUGUGAAACAUGCCGUAUUGACCGAGCAGAUCCUUUUUGGGUUACUGAGGCGCAUCUAUCAUUGCCUGUGAAGUUAAAGAGUUCAAAUAUUUCAAUGGAUGGUAAUGUCACAUUGCAGAAUGUGGAAACAACUUUUCAAUUGACAAGAUCAAAUCAACAGCUACUACAGAAUUGUGAAUAUGAUGUUCAGGCCUGGUGCAUGCUUCUCAAUGAUCAUGUUUUGUUUAGGAUUCAGUGGCCGCUUCAUGCAAAUUUGCAGGUUAAUGAUAUGCCCGUGAGAACGCUAAAUAGACCAGCAUCACAGUCUCUCGGUGCUAAUGGCCGGGGGGGAGGCCGUGAUGAUGGUGCACAAAUCAAAUUAUGCAUUCGAGAGGGAAUAAAUAGAAUUUCUUUAUCAGGAUGUGAUUCUCGUGUUUUCUGCUUUGGCAUCAGACUCGUAAAGCGACGAACUGUUGAACAGGUUCUCAACCUGAUUCCCAAAGUUGGUGAGUCUUUUGAAGAUUCUCUUGCUCGUGUUUGUCGUUGCAUUGGUGGUGGGAUGGGUACUACAAACGAAGAUAGUGAUAGUGAUUUGGAGGUGAUUGCAGAGGCGAUUACAGUUAAUCUCCGCUGUCCAAUGAGUGGCUCUAGAAUGAAGAUUGCUGGCAGAUUUAAACCUUGUGCUCACAUGGGCUGUUUUGAUCUUGAAACUUUUGUGAAACUAAAUCAACGCUCUCGCAAGUGGCAGUGCCCUAUUUGUCUUAAGAAUUACUGCUUGGAGGAUAUCGUCAUUGAUCCUUACUUCAACCGCAUUACAACAAUGAUGGGUCAUUGUGAAGAAGACAUAACUGAGAUUGAGGUGAAACCUGAUGGUUCUUGGACUGUAAAGACCAAAGUUGACAUAGGUGAUCUCAGGCAAUGGCAUUUCCCUGAUGGUUCUCUUUGUGCUCUUACUGAUGAAGUUACUUCCUGUUACAAAAUCCCGAGGCAGAUCGAGAAGGGAGAUGGCUUGAAAGCACAUGUUAGUCCUGAGAUCAGAAUUAAGAAUAAUCUCAGUGGAAUCGUGCAAGGAAGAAACCAUCAGCUUGCUUUUUGUUCCUCAAAGAAUCAACUUGAGGGAAGUUUUGUAAAUCAUGGCGAAAGGACAAUAACAAUGAGUAGUAGCACCACUGGAAGCGGCGGGGAUGAAGAGGACCCUAGUAUAAACCAAGAUUACAGUGGGCAUGUUGAAAUAUCUCCCAGUAGUGUCAAUGAGAUCAACUCUAUCUGUCAUUAUUUUGACCCAACACUUGCAAUAAACCAUGGUAGUUCUGUGCCAUCAGGGAAUGCUGACAUCAUUAUUCUAAGUGAUUCUGAUGAAGAGAAUGUCAAUUUAGUUCCUCCUGAAACUGUCUGUGAUACUUACAGAGUAAAUGGGAGUGGUUCUUCAUUGGCUAUCAAUCCUGGAAUAACAGACUCAUACUUAGAAGAUCUAGGUCUCGAUGCAGGUGCAAAUUCUUGUUUUGGUCUCUUUGAUACAGGUGUCAAUGAUGUUGGGAUGUCUAACUGGUCAUACUCUUCUUGUACUCAAGCUGGUCCCCAUUUCCAAUUAUUUAAUACAGACCCAGAUGUAUCAGAUGCUUUUAUUGAUCUGGAUCAUCCUUCCAUUAGUUGUGCUGUUCCAAUGAAUGGUUGUACACUGGCAUCAACGCUAGCUAUAACUUCUGGUGGUGAGGUCCUAGAUUCUUUAGCCUGUGACGCCAAUGUUGAUAUGGAUGUUGGCUUGGUUGAUAAUCAUAUGAGAUUUGUUGCUGAGGACCCCUCAUUACAAGCAUUUCUCCCCGUUCAACCUGUGCAGCCUGACUUGGUGCACCAGCCUACUGUAUCAGAUUGUGCCCCAACUGAGGAUUGGUUUCCCCUUAGCCUCAGCAGCACCAGUGAGAGUUUUGGCAAUCACACCAGGAAUCAUGAUCAGGGUGCUGCUAAAAAUGGGGUUGAUUUGAGAAACCAGUUGGGAUCAAAUCAAGCUACUUCAGUUGCAGCUCUAAAUGAUGAAGCUAGGUCUAAUGGGAAAUAUAACAAGAAAAUUUCAGAUGGCCCUUUCUCAUUUCCUCGCCAGCCACGAUCUGUGAGACAACGUGUUUAUUCUCAAUAGAUUCUGAAAGACAAGAAGGGAAAUACAUUUUUUGAUUCAUUGGGAAGGCUAAUAGCCACUAGUACGAUGCUCCCUGUUCAUGUUGUUUAGUCUUUUUCUUGUGAAUGAAGCACAUAAUUUCUUUCUAGCAUGUGCAUGUGAAGCCUAUUGAUCAUGAUGCCUAUUGGAUCAACGCUGAUGUGCUACAUGAUUUUACAGCAGUAAUGGGUCUGCUUUAUUUAAUGGUACCCUUGUAUUUAUCUAUUGUUGGAUCUUGGUGUUGAAGAUUUGGCAGUGGAGCCAUGGGAUGGGACAGGAUGGUGAGUUGCCAGACGAGCAACAUUUAUGGCAUUACUGUGUCAAUAGGGUGAAAAUUGGGAUUGGAGUUGUGCAUCAUAGAACAUUAAUCCCUAGGUGGAUUUGGAAGUAGAUGAGCAACCAACAGGAAGCGGGGCAGGUUGCUAGAGGUGGUUAAAUUUGAUUUCCAUUUCUUUGGGAACUUCUAUGUUACAACAUUAGAAGGCAUGCAAUAUCUUAUCAGGUUAUUGCUGAAGUGGGUUUUGAAAUAGAUGCAACCAACCGCAAGCAAGGCAGAUUGUAUUCAACUAUGAAAGAGGGGCUGCAGAUGGGGUUCAUCGCACUGCCAACAGACAAGUUGGGCACUCAGAUGAUUUAUCUCUGGUGGCCGAGGUUGAGCAUGGAGAAAAGGGGGGUAAAUAUUGGCUGUGUGACUUGCAAGGUAGAUUCAAGAUGUUCAUCCUGCAACUUGCAUGAUUCAGCAAUUUUCUUCGUCGCAUGUUACCUGUGAAAUGACCAUUGACUUGGAUGAAGAUUUUAAGAUCCUAUAGGCAGAACUAUGACACAUGUAAAUCAAUGAGUAUUCGGCGGCAUCUUUUAACCUUCUCUUGAAUAUUAUUACGCUUGUUGUGUUAUCUUGGGCAAUGCAAAGCUGCAGUACAUUUUCUCAGAGCCACCAACUUCACUCGAGUAAACGUCUAGGUUUGUUUUUCUGGGAUGUUCCUUUUGUGAUCUUUGGUUCUUCGAAGUCUUUCUUGCUCUUUAUGCCCCGUCUAAUUUUCUUGUUGCGUUGGCAUUUCUAUGUUUGUGCAGAACAAAUAUUGUCGCCGUAUACAUGAUUUACCAAGUUUGAACCUUUUCAUCUGGAUGCUACUCAUUUGUAUUUUUUUAGAGUA